GUCUUCAAGUCGGAGUUUAUCCAACGGAAUAAACUGUCUCAAUAUUCAUUAACCAUGGACCGGGUGACGAUUUUGGGGAUUGCAGCUAAUGUAUCUCAGUUUAUAAAUUACGGCCUUAAACUCAUCUCAGCCUCAAAAGAAAUACGUACUUCUGUAGCAGGGUGUACUGACCGCAUUGCGUUUCUUGAUGAGGUUUAUGGACAACUUCGGGAUCUAAGUUCUAAACUUCAGUCACGCUUUCAAUUAGGGGCUACGAGUGAUUUAAACCUCGUAGGGGUUAAUGGAUCGAUUUGCUCUUUAGCACACAGCUGCGAAUCCUAUUGCGACGAGCUCCUAAAUAUAACGUCUAAAAUCAAGGGCAAAGUUGGGCGCCCUAAAGUCGGUAUUGAAAGAUUACGAGAUUCUCGAGCUAGAGCAAAAGUUAAAUGGUAUUCAAUCGAACCUGACACUUCAUAUUUGUACAUUGAUUAGUGCUCGGCAAGAACUAUAUCAAAAUGACCUCAAGCAGUUGUAUAUCGAUGAGCAAAAGUCGAGAAUACUGCAGUCCAAUAAACUCACCGUGAUUACGGAUACCCUUCAAAAUUUAAGCGAGCACUUUCCCGUUCAAGAGUUAAGAAGUCGGUCUACUCCGUUCUCGCUGGUUGAUAUAUAUACUGUUGAAAGACAGAUGUCUCUUCUCUCACUAGCGAAGUGUGAUGUUGUAAAGGAACAUGUUAUACUCGAG